CGGUAACCAGCAAGCUUAUCAUCAUCGUAACUAUAGCUAGUCGCAUUUGCAAGUCUCAAUCCACAUCCACAGGGAUCGCUAUUAGCUUUAGCCAUGGCCAAGAGCGCAGCAUCGUCGGUGGUUAGGUGCUUGCAGCUGCUCACCGUGGCUGCGGUGCUGGCCGGUGCUGCUGCCGGCGGCGGGCUGUCGACGAGCUUCUACAGCAAGAAGUGCCCGGACGUGCAGAGCAUCGUGCGGGCCGGGGUGGCGUCCGCCGUGGCGGCGGAGAAGCGCAUGGGCGCCUCCAUCCUCCGCAUGUUCUUCCACGACUGCUUCGUCAAUGGAUGUGACGCGUCCAUCCUGCUGGACGACACGGCGACCUUCACCGGCGAGAAGAACGCCGGGCCGAACGCCAACUCGGUGCGCGGGUACGAGGUCAUCGACGCCAUCAAGGCCCGGGUGGAGGCGUCCUGCAACGCCACCGUCUCCUGCGCCGACAUCCUCGCGCUCGCUGCCCGGGACGCUGUCAACCUUCUAGGCGGGCCGUCGUGGACGGUGUACCUCGGCCGCCGCGACGCGCGGACGGCGAGCCAGAGCGACGCGAACGCCAACCUCCCGGGGCCCGGGUCCAGCCUCGCCACCCUCGUCACCAUGUUCGGCAACAAGGGUCUGUCGGCGCGCGACAUGACGGCGCUGUCGGGCGCGCACACCGUCGGGCAGGCCCGGUGCGCCACGUUCCGCAACCGCAUCUACAACGACGGCAACAUCAACGCCACCUUCGCGUCGCUCCGGCAGCAGACCUGCCCGCUGGCCGGCGGCGACGCCGCGCUGGCCCCCAUCGACGUCCAGACCCCCGAGGCGUUCGACAACGCCUACUACAAGAACCUGAUGGCCAGGCAAGGGCUGUUCCACUCGGACCAGGAGCUCUUCAACGGCGGCUCGCAGGACGCGCUGGUGAAGAAGUACAGCGGCAACGCUGCCAUGUUCACCGCCGACUUCGCCAAGGCGAUGGUGAGGAUGGGCGCCAUCAGCCCGCUUACGGCGACGCAGGGCGAGGUCAGGCUCGACUGCAGGAAGGUCAACUAGCGCCAACUGCUGCUGGAUUAUCCAUGGAUAUCGAUUCGCCAUUCGUGUGUUAAAACUUGCAAAUUCCAAUCCAAGUUGGAUCGUCGAGCUGGAUAGUGUGUCGUCAACAGUCAAAAUUGCGUGGCGGCUCGUCUCGUAGCAGGAUUAAGCAAUUGUUUCUGAUUAUCUUACGUGGCAGGAAUAAUCCUGUUCUUUUAUCUUAUCGGCAACUGUAUUGAUAAAAUCCGUACUAGUAUACAUGUGGAAUACGAAAGUCUGCUACAUGACUUAUUUC